AUGACCACUGAACUUGACAACUACACAGGUUCAUUCCUCCUGUCCAUUCGUAAAGCCGACGGGUCUGAGUAUGAGCCUGACACACUCACAAGCUACCAUCGAGGCAUUGACCGAUAUUUAAGGGAAAAUAAAUAUUCCCACAGCAUUUUGGAUGACAGAGAGUUUGAAACUUCUCGAAAGGUUUUGGCUUCCAAAAGAAAGGAACUGAAGCAAAAAGGAAAAGGAAACAGGCCCCAUGCUGCUGAAGCCAUUACCUCUGAAGAAAGAGGGAUUUUAAAACAAAAAGCAGUAAUUGGACUUCAAAGCCCAAGACAGCUGUUGAAUCAAGUUUGGCUAAAUAAUUCAACAUUGUUCGGCAUUCGAGGUGGAACCGAAAGUCACAACCUUAGAUGGGGCGACAUCAAACUGAAAAAAACUGAUCAAGGAAGAGAAUACCUUGAAUACAAUGAACGGUUGACCAAAACACGUACAUCGGAAACCAAGUCGGAUCAAAGGGCCUUUCCACCUAAGCAGUUUGCUCAUACCAACAAAGAUUCAUGCCCUGUUGAAGCGUACAAGGAGUUUGCUCAUCACAGACCGAAAGAAGCUCUGCGUGAUGAUGCCCCUUUCUACUUGUGUAUAAACUAUAGUCGACAUGAUGGGUCCAACAAGUGGUAUAAAUGUCAGCCCAUGGGUGAAAACUCCUUGAGGUCAAUAAUGAGAACGAUGGCCGAGAGGGGCGAUCUCACAGGUCGGAAGACAAAUCACAGUGCCCGAAAAACAACCUGUACGACUCUCUUGCAUAAUGGGGUUGCUCCAACAACAAUUCAACAGCUAACUGGACACAAAAAUGUGCAAAGUGUUAACAAUUACGCAAAGGCUUCUCUCGAAAUGCAAGCAGCCAUGUCCGACAUAUUAUCAGAAAAUCCUGACCAACAACAAAUUAUGCAACUUAACCCUAGGCCUACCUAUGGUUCUGUCAUCCCGGCAUCGGUGCGAAACACAUCUAUGUCAAGCAGCAACAAAAACACAUCCAACGCCGCCAUUGAUGAUUCCCACGAUAACACAAAUCUCCAAGGUGCACAAUUAUUCCGGUGUAACCUAACCAUCAACAACUACUAUGCACACUCUCCAUCGAAGAAACGCAAGAGAAUAUGCAUAGUAGAAAGUGACAGCGAUUAACUGUUGGUGAAUUAUAAAUCCAGCUGGUAAAUCCAACAACAUGUGCUUUCAACACGCGAAGAUUAAAACCUGUGUGUCCCCUGUUCAAAUGUGUACACGUUAGACUAAUUUGCAUAAACUGUAUUCAUGCGCGUGUUAUAUAAACUACGGCGUUCCGUUUGUAUCAUUGUGUUGUAUGUUUUGUUAAAGCAAAAAAUACAAUUGUUAACUGUUUUCGUUAGUUGCUGUAUAUAAUAAAUGGAAUAUUACGCUAGUCAAUUGUUCCAAGAGUUUGUAU